CUUUUUCCCCCCUUUGUACUUACUCCCCCUAAUCGUUUCCGGCCACUUUUUCCGGUCGCGAUAUGCGUUGUAGUCUGAAAUCAUUGACCGUUCAGAAGUAUUAGCCAUUGUGAUCGCAAUUGAAAAAUGUAGGCCAUACCUUGUACAUAGUUUAAGAGUGCGGACUGUUCUUUUUUACUGUGCCCCGAUAGCAUCGGUGGACAGAAGCCACGACCACCUUCUUGACUUGAGUUCCAACUUCCAAACCCAAGUUAACGGACUCCGGCCCUUCAAAUGAACCGCCCUGUCUCUCUCUCUCCGUCUCCGACUUCUGGCGACAUCUCGGUGCCCUUAACAGCUUUUCUGUUUUGAGCAGCGAACUGGUCAUCUGUUGCCUUCUUUUUUGAGCUAUAGCUGAAUUGUUUCUUGGUGUUUGAGGUCCGAAUGGUCCUCUUUCUCUUCUUUAAAGAGGUGAUUAUUUGAAUAUAUUGUUUUGCUUUACAAGGAGGGAAACCGCGGGCCUGCUUGACCCGCCGGAAUUUGCUUGUUCCUUACACGGCAUGCUCGUCGUACCCAAUUUUCUGUUGAAAAGUGGGUUCUCCUCUUGAAAAUGUUUACCAGUCAGUGGACGUCUGAGGGAUUAUUGGGGUUUCGUCAUCUUUCUUUCUAGCGGUGAAGCCAGAAAACGGUAGUGAUGCCGGUGCCAGCAAGAGCUUUGUUCACUUGGAAAGAUUGAGAGGCUUAAAAGAUCUAUAAGUCGAAAAGAUUCAAGAAUCCGACUGUUCGUUACUCGAGGCGCAUUUCUUGGCAUAAUCUGGUGGAAGAUACUCUGAGUCUUUGCCUGGUUCGUGUGAAGUUGGUUUCUUACAUUUCAGAUGGAUCUAAAAGAGAAGCUAAACAAGUUCUGGAGUCAGCAGGAGAAGUGCCAGUUAGCACUUGUUGGCAUUGCUGCCGAAGCGGCACCUUUGAAGACCAGACCUGCAGCUUCAGCUGCUGCACAGAAGUCCCCUGUGCCUCUGAAGUUCUCAAAUGAGACGGAGAGGCUUCAAUAUAUCAAUAGCAUUAGGAAGUCUCCAGUUGGUGCGCAGAUCAAACGUGUACUGGACCUCCUCCGUGAGACAAGGCGCGCUCUCACACCAGAGCAGAUCAAUAAAGCAUCUUUUGUUGAUGUCAAAGCAAACAAGAUCGUAUUUGACAGUUUAAGAAAGAAUAUCAAAGUAAACUAUGAUGGCGAGUGCUUCUCUUACAAGUCAAAGCAUGAGAUCAAGAGCAAGCAUGAACUUCUACUACUUAUUCGUAAGGCUCCAGAAGGAAUUGCAGUUGGUGACCUUAAAGAUGCAUACCCCUUUGUUAUGGAGGAUUUGCAGGAUCUUAAGGCGGCUGGUGAUGUUUGGCUGCUCUCAAAUUUAGAAUGUCAAGAAGAUACAGUGUAUCCAAAUGACCCAAGAGUUGUAAUGAAGGUAGAUGAUGAUAUAAAACAACUCUUCAGAGGAAUUGACAUGCCCAGGGAUAUGAUCGACAUUGAGAAAGAUCUACUAAAAAAUGGAAUGAAACCAGCUACCAAUACUGCUGAAAGGAAAAAGGUGGCACAGGUGCAAGGCAUCAAACCAAGACAAAAGCAGAAGAAGAAGCGUGAGUUUAGCAAGAGGGCCAAGUUGACAAACGUUCAUCUUCCUGAGCUCUUCAAUUUUCCUGGCUUGUGAGGAUGGACAGUUGUUGGUUCGGACUGCCAAGUAGUUUCUUGAGUUUCUCAUUGGAAGUAAUUUGUUGAGUUUGACAUUUGACGCAUCGUAGCUGGUCGAAAUGGCAAUCACCAAGUUCAUAAAAGUGGACUAUCCAUCGGACCACCAUGCUGAGUUCCUGUGGAAUAAGAGUCCUAUUGCCCAUGUUCUGGUGGUUUUAUCUUCCAAGCUGUAUCAUAUGUAAUGUACUCUGUCCAGUCUAACCUGUCCAAGGAUGUUCAUAUGUAUCAUCGCAUCAUUGAUGGUCAUGUUCCAGAAAAUGUUUUGAAUGAGUUGGCUUCAUGAAUGCUAGUCCGGUGAUUGCUUCA